ACAACAUUUGGUAGCGAUGUAGUGAAACUUUACUCCUCAAAAUCGGUAUGCGAAAGGGAUCAGAGAGACCAGUCAAUCAACUGCGUGCUUGAAAUCCCUAAUAUCGUGCCGGCGCACCAGGCUGUUAGUAAACCUGGGGCAGAAACUAUCGUCUUAAUCUUAACAAAAGAUGAGGAUCUCAUCUAUAAUAAUGAUUAUACUGACUAUAUGGUUUUCUCCAUCCUGGCUAGAUACAGUGAUUUAAGCUCAUAA